AUGAAGGUGAUGUUUGUGAAUCGACAAGGGAAAGUAUCUAUGCCGGCUGGUCGCGCAAAAACUGAUACAGCUCACUUGCUUCCUGGGCCAUCACUUUAUAGAAGCGGGAAGGGCAAGGCAACAGAAUGUAAUAAAGGCCAGAUCAUCGGUUUGCUUCCCCUGGCGCAAAGAACUCGAUGGCACUGCGGAGUUUGUGGGAAAAGUUUAUCGUCCAAACGCUCAUACGACGAACACAUGAACAUUCAUAACGACGCUCGGCCGUUCGCAUGUGAGCACUGUGAUUAUGCAGCAGCAGCAAGUCAAAUGACCUUACGGAGGCACAAGCUUCGCAGCCACACUGCAAGACGUGAUUGGGGCUACAAGUGUCCGUACUGUUAUGAAGCCUACAUGGAGCCGGCAAGUUACCAGCAGCACAUACAGUCUCGACAUUUUGGACGAUCAGCAACAUUCGGUUGCCCUUAUAUGCAAUGCACGUUCCAGUCGAAAUGUUUCCGACAUUUUCGUGAACAUUUAGCCAAGCACAAUAGCUACGAAUCG